GUGAUCUCCUGCAGUUUAUUCUCCUACUGAAUUAACUUCAGAAUGAACAUCCACUGUCUACUCUUCUACUGGUCCUUCUUCUUCUCAGCGCUGUGUAGCUGUGGGCUCAUCAGUGCAAAAACAAUCAUCCACACAGAAGGAGACAGUAUCACAGUGGAGUGCUCCUUCUCCUUAUCUGGAAGAAAAAAGUUUCUCUGUAAGGACAAAUGCGAAGAAGGAGACGUUCUCAUUGAAACUGAAGGCGACACAGCUCAAAGGGGCCGAUAUAGCAUCCAGUAUGAAGAGGGAUCCUUUCCAGUAUCGUCUACAGUUCUGUAUGUGAGCUUCACAGAGCUCACAAAGUCCGACUCUGGACGAUACUCGUGUGGUUUGGAACGGCCUCUCUUACCAGACUCAUAUCAGGAGUUUGAAGUCAGAGUUAUAGAUGCCUUGAAGACUUUCCCUGAGACACUGAGGCAGCUUGAACAGCAGCAGACUGACGAAACCGCUCAGGCUCUUAGUUUCAAAGCUCAUGUCCUGCCUCUGGUCACAUGUGUCACUGUGCUGUUUGCUGCUGUUGUGUUGCUCUUCUACAAAUGGAUCAGAAUAAGGGAGACUGAUGGUUUGACCACCAGGAGGCAGUCAGACACAAAGAACAACACAAGCAGAAACCUGGAGUUUUCCACAUGCAGGAAGUGCUCUCCAGUCUCUGGAUGUGCAGACUUCACCCCCCCAGUGGAUGAAACCUGCAGCAGUCAUAAUAAAAUCUACUGUAACCUCUGAACCUUUGUUUCACCUUCUCACCAUCAGAACUAAUGCAACUAAAACGAUCUAAUCACUCACCAAACAAUUUAUUAGGAACAUCUUGCUUUUACCAGGUUGGGGCCACUUGUCCCAUGCUGGAAGCACCUGCCGUGUGGUCAUAAGGUGUUGUACAUGUUUAGCAACAAUACUCAUGACGGCUGUGCCACUUAAACAAUGCACAGUUGGCACUAAAGCCCCUUUUCCAUUAGUGCCUAUUCGACUCGCCACAACUCUACUUGUAUGUGUGCGCUUGUCGUCAAACGCAUCUCUUAUGACUCGAGUGAUGCUCUUAAAGGAAGCAGCUAAAAGAAAGGGAACAUUAAGAUCAGAAAAACAUCUUGAAUCCCCAAAAGACUGUUUAUAUGUGAUAUAGUGUUUGUUCAGUUUGCUUAUAAAUGUUAUAAUUGUGCCAAA